CGCAGGCAGCGCGACGCUGGGGGACGGGGGAGGAGGAGGACGCGGCCGUGAAGUUCUCCGCCAUGAACCUGAGGGGCCUCUUCCAGGACUUCAACCCGAGUAAAUUCCUCAUCUAUGCCUGUCUGCUGCUGUUCUCUGUGCUGCUGGCCCUUCGUCUGGAUGGCAUCAUUCAGUGGAGUUACUGGGCUGUCUUUGCUCCAAUAUGGCUGUGGAAGUUAAUGGUCAUUGUUGGAGCCUCAGUUGGAACUGGAGUCUGGGCACGAAAUCCCCAAUAUCGAGCAGAAGGAGAAACGUGUGUGGAGUUUAAAGCCAUGUUAAUUGCCGUGGGCAUCCAUUUGCUCCUGCUGAUGUUUGAAGUGCUGGUCUGUGACAGGAUCGAAAGAGGAAGCCAUUUCUGGCUUCUGGUCUUCAUGCCGCUAUUCUUUGUUUCCCCGGUGUCUGUUGCAGCUUGUGUUUGGGGCUUUCGACAUGACAGGUCACUGGAGUUAGAAAUCCUGUGUUCUGUCAACAUUCUCCAGUUUAUAUUCAUUGCCUUAAGACUGGACAAGAUCAUCCACUGGCCCUGGCUUGUCGUGUGUGUCCCCCUAUGGAUUCUCAUGUCCUUUCUGUGCCUGGUGGUCCUCUAUUACAUUGUGUGGUCCGUCUUGUUCCUGCGCUCCAUGGACGUGAUUGCAGAACAGCGAAGGACACACAUAACAAUGGCACUGAGCUGGAUGACCAUUGUCGUGCCUCUCCUUACUUUUGAGAUCCUGCUGGUUCACAAACUGGAUGGCCACAAUGCAUUCUCUUGUAUUCCAAUAUUUGUCCCCCUUUGGCUUUCCUUGAUCACUCUGAUGGCAACCACAUUCGGACAGAAGGGAGGGAACCACUGGUGGUUUGGUAUUCGCAAGGAUUUCUGUCAAUUUCUGCUUGAAAUAUUCCCAUUUUUGAGAGAAUAUGGAAACAUUUCCUACGACCUCCAUCAUGAAGAUAACGAGGAAACUGAAGAAACCCCAGUUCCAGAACCUCCAAAAAUCGCUCCUAUGUUUCGAAAGAAGGCCAGGGUAGUUAUCACGCAGAGCCCUGGAAAGUAUGUCCUCCCACCUCCUAAAUUAAAUAUUGAAAUGCCAGAUUAGACACCAUUUCCUGGGACAGAACGUAAGUGGACUGGUACGCACGCUCUCUUCUACCUUCCUCUGCCUCUUUAUUCACCCCACCCAGAACUGGAACUGGAGCUGGGUCUCCGGGUACUUCCAUCUCAUGCCUUGUUUGCACUCAAUGCCUACCAGUGACUCACCAUGACGGGACACACAGGUAGCAGGUGACUGGAACGUGCGGUGUGGUGUGGGGUGUCUGUCAGUGGAUGUAGAUGCAAUGGAGGGAAUGUGUGUGUGAGAGGGAGAAAGCGAUCUCCCUCCAGGUGGGUGCCUGAGGAACUGGCUUGGACCCAUCGAGGGCGGCUGAUUAGGCCAGAGAAGGAACAUCUACAUGGCUGGCUUUCAAAGUGCUAAAAUUCCCAUCAAAAGUGUUAUUUGAAAAUGUAUUUUUAAACCAGGCCAGCCUUGCUGUGCAGCUCAGAUUCUCCUGUUGUGGCAUAGUCAGUGGGAACUGUAAAUACGCCUCUCUGGCACCACAUGUGUAUCCACGCCGUCAUACUGUUCGUGUUCCUGCUGUGGAAGAAGUUUCUCUUUGGGCAUGCUGACAGCAGUUUUUAAUGGCCCCAUUGGUGAGCCCUUUCUAAUGGAGUGACUCCGUGCCUGUAUAGUAUUUAUAUGACUAUUUUAGCGUUGUAAUAUACCGUGUUAAAUCCUAGUUCUGUACAGUAUAUUCUGUUAAAGUAUUUUUUUACAAGCUUGUACUGGAGAAAUACAUGUUCUGUUGCAGAAGUAGAAACCAAUGGUGGCACGCCUGUCCUGCCCACUGGGGUGCCACCCCUUAAGGGGACAUCACCAUUCCCCCUUGAAUUUCUCCACAUACAUAGUAGCUGCUACUGCCAGAACAGCCACAAUUAGCAAGAAAUGGUUUGUACUUUUCUAACAUUCUGGGAAUACUGGCUUGCAAGAAAUCUAUAAAACACGAAUUGAAACUGGAACACUGGAGAAAGUUGCUGAGACUAGAAACAGACAGCAGAAUUGUAUGUAUGUUAAGGUCUGAGGCUUUUUGUCUGCCCCCAACAAGAAUGGUUUUGGCUGGGCCCAUGCCUUUAUCUAGGAGUACAGUUGCUCCAAGAGCUUCUGGUACAGCCCUGAGUCAAAGGGGAAGAAAAAAGAUCCUACAGAAUAAGAGCCUUCUGCCUGGGAACAAGUAGGCCAUUUUUUAAAGGAGAAUAAAAGGAGCAUUCACAUUCUCACUGAGGAGAGGGUUUAAAGCAGGCAGCAGUUAACUUCUCUAAACCAAGCUCAACUGAUACCCGCCACAUACAUGACUCUACCCUGGCAUCAGCCCCCAGCAAGCCUGUUCUUUCUGGGAGAGAGGGGGGACAUUUGGAAUGGUGUAGCCUUUCCUGCUUGGUGUGUAACAAAUGUAGCUCAAUUCACUAUUUUUGCUCCCUUUAGCUGUUCAAUAAACUGGUUCCUCAUUUUCCA